AUGAACUCAAAACAGAAUACCAUGAAGAACCAUCAAUGGCUGACCUGGAAAGCUGAUUCAAAUUCGAAAACAACUUUAAGAGGGACCUUUGACCCAAAGGUUAGGUCCACUGCUUACAACAGUGGGCACGAGAUAAACUGCAACUGCACUGCCUUGUGUGCUUCCAGCAAAAAGGCUAGGCCCACUGCUUAUAAAACUGGAGACCUUAAAUGGUCAAGGUGUGACAAUAUCCAGGAAGUACGCAAAAGUGGAGGGAUGUUGCGGAAAAUCUGGCGUCCCCUCCUGGAAUAUCAGACUUGGCACUUUAAAUAUUGGAUCGCUUUACUGGACGCUCCAUGGAGAUCGUCGACAGGCUGGAAAGGCGAAGGGUUGACAUCUGUUCUCUGCAGGAAACAAGAAACAAGAUGGAAAUCAAAUGGUGUCUCUCUCACUGGGAGUUACAAGUUGUUCUGGAAUGGCCAAAAGACAGUCCAAAAUGGAGUUGGAAUCUUCAUACGGGAAUCACUGGCACAAAAUGUACUGGAGGUAGUUCGAAUCAGCUCACGCCUAAUGCUGAUUAAUCUCAGAACGGAAAAACAGGUUCUGACUGCAUAUGCACCACAGACCGAUGAAUCUGAAGACGCCAAAAAUGACUUCUGGAACACACUCUCAGAUGCCGUCAAGAAAACACCAUCAUCAGAGAUACCAUUGAUAUUCAACGGCCGUGUUGGAGAUAAAGGAAAUGGGUUCCACGGUGUCAUGGAGGCUUUGGCUACGAGUCUCAAAACGAAGACGUUAUAA